UAGUUAACUGAUAAUAGUAAAGUCUGCUCUUUCUUUUAGCUGUCAGUUUUCUUUCAUGAAGUUUUUCUUUUGCAGCUGAAAUUAGGUUGCUGACGAUCAGACUAGAUCUAUAAUCACUUUAGAUUGGUAGUCUGUUUGCUGUGUACUGAAUUUGCCCAGUUGAAGCGCUAUGGAAGACUACGAAGCAAUUUUACUAGUUAAGCAGGAAGUUUUUGUUUUUAAAAUACCUCCACGUACUUCCAAUCGAGGAUACAGAGCUGCAGAUUGGAAUUUAUCUGCCCCCGACUGGACAGGUCGAAUGCGUCUGUUAGCUAAAGGUACCGAAUGCAUCCUCAAGUUAGAGGAUAAAGUUAGCGGAGAACUGUUCGCAAAGUGUCCCGUUGAUACGUAUCCUGGAAUUGCUAUUGAAGCAGUGAGCGACUCCUCAAGAUAUUUUGUAGUCCGCAUUCAAGAUGAUUCAGGACGGGCUGCUUUCAUUGGUGUGGGCUUUGCUGACCGUUCAGACAGUUUCGAUUUAAACGUUGCACUUCAAGAUCACUUCAAGUGGGUCAAACAAAGCCAAGAGAUUGAAAAGGAAGGUACAACAGAAGAGGCUGCUAAACCCCGAUUAGAUCUCAGUUUCAAGGCCGGAGAGACGAUCAAAAUCAACAUGAAAAUUGGGAAAAAAGACGGGGACAGUGUUACCAAGCCAAAAGCCAAAACCUUAGGAGGACUGCCUCCUCCUCCGGGUGGUAUGCGCUUAGCCCCACCUGGAGCCAAGUUAACUGAUGGUGCUGACGGUGGCUUUAAACAACAAUCAGAACCGCAACAACAAGAAUGGGGCGAUUUCACGAGUGCUGGACCUAGCCCCAACGCAGCAGCUUCUCCAAAAGCACCAGUGAGUUCCAAUUGGGUUCAAUUUUGAAUCGAGUCAGAACAUUUACAAAAUUUGAUCUUGGUCUUCUUAAUACGAAUCUGGCAUAAAAGAACGGCGACUGAUUGGCUGUAAACGAGUAAAGUCUUUCUGUUCUCUCACAUUCCUCCCUAUUGUUGAGUUAAACCGAAUCUGAAUGUUAAUUCAAUUUAUUAUCAAUCACUUACCCCAUAACUCCUCUAUAUGAAUAGGUUCAGUGUUGUUGUAUUAUUGAUUGGGUAUUAUCGUAGUGCAUGUUUGUGUUGCUACAGCCAGUCUUCUCAUACAACGGUUACUUAAAAACUUUAA